AUGCCGAGAAGAAACAGACCUGACAUUGGUCAUCGAAGUCGAUUAACACGCCUAAAACGUAAUUCGCGUAAUAACCGCACUGAUGGGCAGAUGGAGACUGAUAAUAAUGAUAGCCAGAUUGGAAUGACAGAUUUGCUUGAAUUUAGAGAACAAGGUGCUGCAAAUCGAUCGCAACAGCAGCGAGCACGCGAAAAUGAAACUUCUCGAAUUCGCAGAAGCAAUGCUUUAGUCAACCUGGAGCGAGCAGCAUUCUCUUAUGAUCCGGAAAUAGAUUACAGUUUUACACACAAAUUUGUAAAAAUUGGAGACAUGUCGAUCAUUUGUCAGCACUGUAAAGCCUUAAAAUACAAUGGUGAAUUUGCAGGACUAUGUUGUGCUGGCGGUAAGGUGAAGUUGCCACAAUUGGUACCACCACCUGAUCCAUUCCACUCACUAAUUUUUGGAAUGACCAAUGACUUUUUAUCCAACAUCCAGAAAUAUAAUAAUUGCUUCCAAAUGACAUCUUUCGGAGCAACGCAUAUCGCACAGAACAAUUUCAUGCUGACGUUCAAGGUGCAAGGACAAGUUCAUCACCUAUUGGGAGCACUGCUGCCAUUACCAGAUGCAGAUCAUCAAUUUCUACAAAUUUAUUUCCUAGGCAAUCAGGACGCUUAA